UCAUUUUCAUUUCCCUACUAAAUCAGGAAAAAGUGAGUAGUCAGCCCGACAGCCCGUACUAGGUAAGCUUCAGUUUCUUUCUUUAAUGGCGACAGCUAUCGAUUCCACCGCCUUUGCCACUUGUUUUUCAACUAAACCUCGUGCUGCUCUCCGCCUCUCGCCGCCGUCGUCAGCUCUAUUGCACCGCCGUUCUCUACCAAACGUAUCCGCUUUCAAGCUUUCCGCCAACUCAAAAAUUUCUCGCCGCGCAGGAAGUAUUGUUUGCGAAGCUUCCGAUAUCGCCUUCGAAGUUCCUUCUGUAACAAAGGACACAUGGGAAUCACUUGUUCUCCAAUCAAGUGGACCCGUGGUGGUUGAGUUUUGGGCAUCAUGGUGUGGACCUUGUCGCAUGUUCCAUCCGGUAAUGAAUGAACUGUCAAAGCAAUAUUCCGGAAGGGUGAAGUGCUUCAAACUGAACACAGACGAUAGUCCUUCAGUUGCAAGCCAAUAUGGAAUCAGAAGCAUCCCAACGGUAAUGAUCUUCCUCGACGGUAAAAAGAAGGAUGCAAUAAUUGGCGCUGUACCUAAGACCACUCUAACUGCCUGCGUCGAAAGAUACCUGUAGAGGCACUUGGGUUCUCACCAAGGUUCUCAGGUUUUCUCUUCCAUUUAGUGUUCUAAAUUUUCCUUAUGUUAUGUACAGUUCUGCAUCUAACUUGGCACCUUGCAUCUGCUCUCGCCAGUUUCUGUUUUAUACAAUCUUGGAAUCAAUAAAAACAAGUUCUCUGCCUAUGUUA